AUGGUGAAAAAACAACAACCCAAGAAAACAGCCUCUAAAAAGCCGCCAGCAGCAACAGCAUCGCCAGCAUCCGGCGCCCCUCUCCCGCCCAUCGACCCCGAAGCUCUCAAACACCAACAGCGAAUCCUCACUCUCUUCUCGGACGCCUUCAACCCCGUUCUCUCGUCAGAGUCCUUCACAGCCACCCUCCAGUCCAUCAAGCAGUCCCUCUUCAACAGAGACUUUGACGCUGCUUUCGGCUCCGAGGAGAACCUCCAGGCCUACGCCGCAAGAUGGAGUCCCACCAGGGCGCUGUGCUACUCAUCCAUCUUUGAAGCCAUCGCUUCACACGUUGACGACAUCGCCAUUCUCCCAGACUCUGUUUCAACUCCUGAAGGCGGCUCCGAUGAGGAACCAUCUCAUAGCAAAGUAAUCAAAAAAUUUAUCUGCAUAGGCGGCUGCGCGGCGGAACAUGUCGCCUUCGCAUCUCACCUCCAACAAACCGCUUCUUCAGGCACCAUCACACUCCUCGACGCCGGCCCCUGGGCUCAAGUCGUCGACCUCCUCCAAAAACAAGUCACUUCGCCACCUGUUCUGUCCAAAUACGCCUCUGCGGCCAUUAAAGCCGCAAACACACCUCUUCUUGAAGACGGACAGCUCUCCACCACCUUCUGCCAAAAUGACAUCUUGGCCAUGAAUAAAGAGGCCCUGGUGGAGCUGCUUGGCCCAGAACCCCUUACCGUGACCCUAAUGUUUACGCUUAACGAGCUUUACACCAAUGGAGGCAUCGGCAAGACGACAAAGUUUUUAAAACUGCUGGGUGAGAUACUCCCGGAUAGAAGCCUGCUUCUCGUUGUGGACAGUCCGGGUAGCUACUCGGAAGCCGCCGUGGGCAAAGAGAACAAGCGGUACCCCAUGCAAUGGCUCUUGGACCACACUCUUAUGGACGUCCGGACUGCGUCCAAAGAAUAUGAGUGGGAAAAGCUGGAGUCCCAUGAUUCAAUAUGGUUCCGGCUUCCGGAAGAGCUCUCUUACCCGAUCCAGUUGGAGAAUAUGCGCUACCAGAUGCAUCUGUAUCAAAGGAAGAGCACGUCAACGGCUGCAUGA